GGUUACUCAACAUUGAUGACUUGAGUGAUCUAUGACGGCAUGAUGUCACUCAGGACCCCUCCGCCAGGUCGUUUGCAGAUAAACCUAGGUGGUAGGAUAUGGAAAGAAACCCCUCUGAGCGCUUUCGGGCCGCCUGAUCUUACGUCAAAACAGCAAACCCCUCCAGUUCUCCUGAUUACUAUUCUCGUGAGGGGAGCGAACACCAAAGCCCCGCAAUUGGCUUAGUCUAGACGCACAAAACGGAGCUUGAUCCCGCCAGCUAUCGAAUUUCAACACCGCAGCUUCGCCUCCUCUCUCAACCCUCACCCCUUUACACAUUGCAGUCCAGAACACCCUUUUCCCCGUGUAGCUGCUCUGGCCAUGUCGCCCGGCAACGUCCCGCCGAAUCCCAACCAAGACCGCCUAAAGUCCCACUUCACCGGGCACGAAGCCGACGCACAUCCCCAGCGCUGGGACGACCUCUGGAAAGCCGCCGACUUCCUGCCCUGGGACCGAGGCUAUGCAAAUCCAGCGCUCAUCGACGCGCUCUUUGAGCGCAGCGACAUCCUCGGAUCGCCGCUGAAACCAGACGGCAGUAGGAAGAGAGCUCUAGUGCCUGGCUGCGGCAAGGGAUACGAUCUAGCGCUGUUCGCGUCCCAUGGCUACGACGCCUACGGAAUCGAGAUAAGCGAGAAUGCGAUCAAGAUUGCCGAGGAGUAUCUGAAAACCCCGGGCGAAGGGCCGUUGGAAGGUGAAUACAAGCUGAAGGACGAGCAGCUAGGAAGGGGACACACCAAAGCACUGCUGGGCGAUUUCUUCAAGGACGAGUGGGUGGACGGCGCUGGAGGAAUUGGCGAGGGCUUCGACGUGAUAUAUGACAACACGUUCCUGUGCGCGCUACAUCCCAGCUUGCGCCCCGCCUGGGCAUCCCGAAUGGCACAGCUCCUCGCCCCGACUGGCGUCCUCGUCUGCCUUGAAUUUCCUACGUAUAAGCCUCCGAAGGCGGGCGGCCCGCCGUGGGCCCUGCCAUCCAUCGUGCACGAGGAGCUGUUCAAGCGGCCGGGAGAGGAUAUCUCGUACGAUGAGGAGCUGAAGCCGCUGAAGACGGAGAGGACGGAAAGCGAUAAGGCGUUGGUACGGAUAGCGCAUUGGAAGCCGGCGCGGACUCAUAAGGUUGCGAUUGUCAAUGGGGAGGUGACCGACUGGGUGAGCGUGUGGAAGCACAAGUAGCCGUCUCCGAGUCAGCUUUGGUGUGACGGAGAUUGGAGGGGUGUGGAUCAUUUUAAACUUCGCCCUCUAAGGCAGUCUAGGCUCCACAAUUCCGAAAGCAGAACAGUUCGAAACGUUCAAGGCGUCUUCCGCAGCGAAUUGUAGUGCUCUCCCAAGCCGUGACUGUGCUUGUAGUAACCCAACCAUAUCUCGUGUACCUCCUCGGCUUUCACGCCAUCCCCGGGACCAAUCUCUUCUAUCCUCCCGUCACCGUGAAGUACGUUGAUCUUGAGUCCGUACGUUUUCGCUAGCGCCGUAAGCUCCAGAUGGCCACCCCACUCGCCGGUCUCCC